CGAUUCAGUCAAUUUGCACAGCGUUUCAUUAAAUUCUAAAACAUGAUAACGUGGAUCAUUAUUUGCCUCUCAUUGGCGUUUGUUUGGUGGAAGGUGUCACAACGCAAGUUCAAAAUUUUCAAGCAAAAAGGAAUUCCUUUCGUUCCUGCUUUCCCUCUUUUUGGCUCAACAUGGGAAACUAUUGUCAAACAAAUGCCUUACCCAGAAUGGAUGCUCGAGCAAACGCACAAAUUCCGUAAAAAUCGUUUUUUCGGACUUUCAAAUUACGGAACAAUGACAUUUGUAGUCCAAGAACCAGAACUGGUUAAGCAAUUGUGUAUUAAGGAUUUUGAAAAUUUCGUCAAUCAUCCAGGCACAACAAUUUCCGAGCACGAUGAGCUACUGAUAAAUUCCUUGUCCAUAUUGCGAGAUCAGAGAUGGAAAGAUAUGCGAUCGACACUGAGUCCUGCCUUCACGGGCUCGAAAAUGCGAAUGAUGUUUGGCUUGGUUAAGGAAUGUGCCGAGGACUUUGUUUCCUACAUUGACGAAAAUUUGGAUGAAAAUGGUUGCAUUGAACUAAAUACGAAGGAGACAUAUUCGAAAGUUACGUUGGAUGUCAUUUCUUCAACGGCAUUCGGGCUUAAAGUUGACUCAUUGCGCGAUCCUGAAAAUGAGGUUUAUGUAAAAGCGACUAAUGCCUUCGAUAUACAAACAUUUUACGGUCAACUUAAGCUUAUGAUACUGCAAAUGAGUCCAUCGCUGGGAGAAAAAUUUGGAUUUAGUUUGACUAAACCGGAAUUUAAUGUAUUUUUUAAGAAGAUGAUCAAAGAUACUUUUCAACAACGUCGGAGUAUGAAGAGUUUUCGACCGGAUAUAGUGCAACUUUUAAUCCAAGCACAAGACGGAAAUCUGAACGAUGAUGUUGAAGAUAACGAAACCCCAUCCAACGGCAAGAAGAAAAUAUUGACGGACCUUGACUUGGCUGCACAAUGUUUUAUUUUCUUCUUUGCUGGAUCGGACACUACGGCAAUUCUCUUGAAUUUUUGCUCCUACGCCUUGGCCACUAAUGAGGAUGUUCAGGCGAAAUUGUAUGAAGAAAUACAAACAAUCAGAGAAAAACAAGGAGACGAUCCAAUUACAUACGAAAAUGUCCAUCAAAUGCCAUAUUUAAACGCUUUUAUUUCUGAAGUUUUGCGAAUGUAUCCACCUGCUUUUGUCACGGAUCGUCUGUGCAAUCGUGCCACCGAAAUUGUCGAUUAUAACGGUAGUAAAAUGCAAAUUCCCGAAGGUGCUCAUGUCUGGUUCAACAUUUACGGAAUGCAUCAUUCACACAAAUAUUUUUCAAAUCCUGAGAAAUUCAGUCCAGAACGGUUUUUGCCAGAAAAUAAACAUAAAUUAGCGUUAAAUGCCUACAUGCCUUUCGGUGUGGGACCUCGAAAUUGUAUCGGAUCACGUUUUGCUUUGAUGGACGCCAAGACAGUUUUAUUUAGUCUCUUAUCGCGCUACAAGAUUGAAGUCUGUGAUAAGACAUUGGUGCCGUUAAGAUAUAAAGCUGGGUUCGGACUCGUGCCAAAAAGUGAUUUGAUUUUCACUUUUAGAAAGCGUUAAGGCCGUUGCAAUUUAUUAAAUCAGUGAAUUUUAUGAAACAAAAAAAAAAUGUUGUUAAAAAAACCGUUUUUGAGCUUUGAGCUUCUCUCAAUAAUAUUUUUGCCUAAUUUUUUUCAAAAAUAU